AUGGCGUCAGACAUGUCUGUCUUGCAGGUAAUUCUCUCAAGUAUCUUCAUUUUCGGGAUUUGUUUAGCUUGGUAUUACUUUACAUCUCCUCUAAAAAGCAUCCCCGGGCCAUUUCUAGCAAAAUUCACGAAUUUCUGGCGCUUGAUUGACACCUAUAAUGGCCGAGCAGAGCUCACACACAAGUUCCUUCACGAAAAAUAUGGACAAGCUGUACGAAUCGGCCCAAACCUUGUCAGCCUUAAUGAUCCAGAUCUUGUUCGCACCAUUUACAACCUCAAGGGGGAUUUUCUCAAGAGCGACUUCUACACGGUUAAUGAUAGCAAAGUAGGAAAUGUAACCAUCAAAACUGUCUUUGGUAUUCAAACAAACGAGAUGCACAGUCAGAUGUUACGGCCGGUUCAAAAGUUGUAUAAGAUGGGUCAUAUACUGACGCUGGAGCCACUGGUUGAUCACACGAUCAAUCAUCUUUUCAGACGCCUCGAUGAGCUGUUUGUCGAUGCUUCUAACGCAGGGACAACUUGUAAAAUAGAUGAGUGGGUGGUGUUUUUUGCAUGGGAUGUUAUCGGCCAAGUCACCUUCAGUAGAUCGAUGGGCUUCCUGGACGCUGCCUGUGAUCAUUCAGGUUAUCUCGACGUAUCAGAUAAAAUCAACGACUACUUUGGCGUAAUUGGACAGCUUCCUGCUCUGGACCAUUGGCUUGCAAAAAAUCCAGUGUGGCCUAUUGGACCGCUCACCGUUGACAAAGCCGCAGCAUAUUGCGCGGAGCAAUCCAUUGCACGUCAAAAAGGUGUCGAUGUAAAAUAUGUCGAUCAGAAAGAUAUGCUCGAUGAUUUUCUAGAGCUCAAAAGUUUGAAUCCGGAGAUGAUAGAUGAUAACACAGUCAUUGGCUACAUGUUAGUCAACAUUCUUGCUGGUGCUGAUACCACCUCCAUCGCUAUUCGAGCAAUCAUCUACUUCACCCUCAAAAAUCCACGAGUAUACAAAAGGCUCCAGCAGGAGAUAGACAAUGCCAACUUGUCCGUGCCUGUUGCCUAUAAAGACGCAGCUAAGCUACCAUAUCUUGAAGCCGUAAUCAGGGAAUCCAGCCGCUAUUUUGCAGGUGUAGGUCUCCUACUUGAACGUGUCGUUCCCGCGAGUGGCCUCACCCUUCCCGAUGGUACUUUCUUGCCUCCAGGAACAAAUGUGGGCAUGAGUGCCUGGACCGUUCACCAAAGCAAGAAGGUAUUUGGUGAAGAUGCUGGAUCCUUUGUUCCAGAACGUUGGCUUCGAUAUGAAGAUCUUGAGACGCAAGAAGAGUAUGAAUCCCGUCGUUCCGCAAUGAGACAAGCAGAUCUCAGCUUUGGUGCUGGCAAAAGAAUUUGUCUCGGGAGAAAUAUCAGCAUCCUUGAGAUAUAUAAAUUGAUUCCUUCGUUAUUUUUGACCUAUGACAUUUCUCUCGUGGACCCUCAAAAGGAAUGGAAAGUUCAGAAUUCAUGGUUUGUAAGACAAAGUGACAUUGACGUAAGGAUCCAGAGACGAAAGUUUGCAACAGUCUAG